AGUGGUGAAGGUUUCAAAGAUACGUGUCAGUACUGCUCUGUGGAAUGGUUGGACUUAUUCUGCAUUCCUUUUUCUUGUAAAGAAUCAAGACUCACCGAGCUGAGACUUUUCUUUAAGACAACUAGCUAUGCACUGUACUUCCUUCCAUUGCUAGAUUGGCCACUGGUCAAACAUCCAUAGGAUUUCGCCCCAGUUCAAAAAGGCUUUAUUUUAAAGAUAAGUGAGACUGCUUCAAAUAAAACAACUCCAAGCUUCCAAGAAACAGUUAAGAGAAAGCAGAGAUAAGCAGAAACACUUUGCUGACACUCACACGGUUGCCAUGGACCUACAUAAGCAGUGGGAGAACACAGAGACUAACUGGCACAAGGAAAAGAUGGAAUUACUGGACCAGUUUGACAAUGAAAGAAAGGAAUGGGAAAGUCAAUGGAAGAUCAUGCAGAAGAAGAUUGAAGAGCUUUGCCAGGAAGUAAAGCUUCGGAGGAAAAUCAACAUGAAUGAACAUGCCAAGGUCAUUGAUCUUGAUCAUGAGAAGGCCAUUGAAGACAAAAUGGUAGAAUCUUCUCCAAAUUACUCUAAUUCAGGACAAUAUGAAUUUAUAUGGAUGAAUCUCGAGGAUUGUUUGGAAAAAGAAAAUAAAACAGAGCAGAGCUUAGUCAAUGAAAGAAAUCAAGGGAAUAAGGAAGAAAAAGCAACAAAAAAAUUGAAAGUAGGGUUUAUGGAUCCUUUGACUACAGAUAACCAAAAGGAAUGCAAGACCUGGCCUGACCUGAGGACUUCUGAGGAAGACAGCAAGAGCUGUUCUGGCACCCUCAGCACAGCUCUUGAAGAACUUGCCAAAGUUAGUGAAGAAUUAUGCAACUUUCAAGAGGAAAUUCGAAAGCAGUCUAACCACAGAAGGAUGAAGUCAGAUUCUUUUCUGCAGGAAAUGCCAAAUUUAUUUAAUACGCCUUAUGAGCACCACAUGAUCAAUAAUGGCCAGUACAUUCUUCCAGCCAAUUUAGAAAAAGAAAAACAGGAAAGUAGAAAGAAUCUGAGUUGUACCAACCAGCUCCAAAGUAGUUCUGUGAAAAAAUGUGGAACCGAUACAAUUGAUUUGCAAAGAAAUGAAACUCCGCCAGUUCCUCCUCCAAGAAGCACCUCUCGAAACGUUUCUAGCUCAGAUUCUGAGCAACAAAGGUUGAAGGAAAGUUUAAAACACAAUAGCUGGGUGGUCCGUGAGGCUCAAGAUGAAAGGGCCUGCGAUCCUCAUUUUCUUUUGAGGCAGCAUGAGAUGCCGAUAUUGUUUCCAAACAAUGGGAAGUCUUUGAAAGAUGGUAUGUUUUCCUCUUUGGUACCAGAAGUCAAAAUAGAUAGCAAGUCUCCAUAUCAUGAAGAUGCUGGGCUUAGCAUGUGGUCAUGCAACAUAGGGAUAAAUGCAGAAAAGAGCCCCUCCACUUUGUGGUUUCAGAAAACUUGCUCUACCCUCAAUAAGCCAAAAUAUGAGGUAAUCUCACACCAGCCUGCUAAGUCUCAUCCCGGUCAUGGAAGUAAUGACUGUUGCUCCUCAGUAACACAGAACAGUGGCCCAGUUAGAAGUUUCAGUUGUGCGUUUGAGAGGACAACAAGAAAUGAAAGGCUGGCAGCAAAGACUGAUGAAUUUAACAGAAUUGUAUUUAGAACAGAUAGAAAUUGUCAUGCAAUACAGCAAAAUCAAAACUACUCAAAAUCAUCUGAAGAUCUUAAGCCCUGUGAUACCUUACCUAUUCAUACAGGUAACAUAUCAGAAAGUGACAAUACAUCUGGUAUUCUGAAAACCAGUGCCUACAUGCCUGUGCCCAUGGAAAAUGUGCCUGAGAAUACCAACAGGAAAUCCACAGCAGGCCUAGUCAGACAGAUGCAGGAACACAUAAGUCCUAGCAGUUUUCGGAAUAGGCUCCAUGAGCAUGACUGGAGACCAAGUAAUUUGUCUGGCCGACCGAGGUCAGCUGAUCCCAAGUCAAAUUAUGGUGUUGUGGAAAAGCUACUGAAAACCUGUGAGACAUCAACAGGGUCUGCACUGCAGAAUUCUAAAUGCUUCUGGCAUAACUGGACCAAAUAUAAUUCUGAUGUCGGUGGUGGUGCCACAUUAAGUCAACAUUUAGAAAUGCUCCAAAUGGAACAAGAGUUUCAGCGAAAGACAGCUAUGUGUGCAGGACAGCAAGUGAAGCAAGUAACAGAUCAGAAGAACAUAACAGAGGAAUCCACUGCAGUAAAAGCCUCACAUGGGAGAGGAUUUUCCCGACCUGCUAGACCAGCAAAUCGCCGUCUCCCAUCUAGAUGGGCAUCCAGAUCACCAUCGGCGCCCCCCGCCUUGCGGAGAACUGCCCACAGCCGUACCGUUUCUCUGCGAUCUGAAGCAUCUAUUGUUUAAGUUUCUGGCCUGAAUUGUCAGAUUACAAAAGCUGUAGUCUCAGUGGCCAAACAGAACAUUCGGAGUGUUUACAACCAGUCCUGCUCUCUUCUGUAUCUUUCAAGAUCCGUGGGAUGAGCAAUUUAAACCUUAACUUUCCAACAGUCUUCAGUGUUUUUAAUCUGUGGAAUAAUUAUCUUCCUGUAUUUUGAUUUUUUAGAUGAGAAAGUUUUAAUGUCAUCCUCAUUAAUGUUCCAUUAUGAUUUGGGUUGAAACAAUGUACAAUAUUGUAUAUUCUAACUUUCUUGCAAGUGGCAAAAA